AUGUCUAUCUUUGCCCCUGCACCAAAGCCCCCAAGCCUGCUGGGCUACCACCGUGUGUUAGCACCAUCGCAGGUGAAGGAUUUCAUGGGUGAAUGUAGCAAGGAGCAGUCAUUUGCACUGCUCGAUGCCUUUUACAAACUGGGGGGCAAUUUCCUGGACACAGCGAAUAACUACCAGCAGGAAGAAUCCGAGAUUUGGAUAGGAGAAUGGAUGAAAGAGCGCCGUAACCGUGAUCAGAUGGUAAUUGCAACCAAGUACACAACUGGCUUCCGUACCUCACAUCGCGACACAGAGCCAAUUCAGUCUAAUUUCGUGGGAAAUUCCGUGAAAAGCAUGCGAAUCUCGGUCGACCAAAGUCUAAAAAAGCUCCAGACCGAUUAUAUCGACCUCCUAUAUGUCCACUGGUGGGAUUUUACCUCAUCCGUCGCAGAGGUCAUGCAUGGACUAAACAACUUGGUCAACUCGGGCAAGGUGCUCUAUCUUGGUGUUUCUGAUACCCCGGCUUGGGUGGUUGUAAAGGCAAACGAAUACGCCCGAGUGCACGGGCUGCGGCCGUUCUCUGUGUAUCAGGGCAAAUGGAAUGCCGGCUUCAGAGACCUUGAGAGAGAGAUCAUCCCUAUGUGUCGGGAUCAGGGCAUGGCAAUCGCACCAUGGGCACCGCUGGGUCAAGGCAAAUUCAAGUCUUCGGAGGCGCGUAGUAGUGCUGACGCGGAUGGCAGUGGGCGAGCGUCUAACAUGAGCGAGGCUGAUAUCAAAGUAUCUGAUGCGUUGGAGAAAGUCGCUAAGAGAAAGAAGACUACUCUGCAUGCAAUUGCACUAGCUUACGUGAUGCAUAAGACGCCUUACGUUUUUCCUAUUGUCGGUCAACGGAAGGUCGAGCAUCUCAAGGCGAAUGUGGAGGCAUUGAGCGUGAGCUUGUCUGACGAGGACUUGACCGAAAUCGACAGUGCAUCCUCGUUCGAUAUUGGGUUUCCAAUGAACUUCAUCUUCCGCGACAAUUACACAACGAAUAACACUGCUGCCGAUGUCUCUUUGACCCGUGUGUCGGCUCAUAUUGAUGCGCCUCCUAAUCCUGCCCCUGUUCGGCCUCGAUACCUGGUAUGA